AUGCCCAAAGAUCCAAAAUACGAAUAUGUGCGCGUACGUACCCGGAAAGACAAAGAAAAGGACCGAGAUGGAGACACUCGAAGCGUUGCAGGAAGCAGCGUCACGACAAUUCGAGACAGAAGACACCGUAAUUCUUUCACUUCCCAGCCCAGCUCCUCAGGCGAUACGGUAGCACCAACCGCAGCUAGCUCAUGUCAAGAUGUACCCCUUGAGCAACUUCCGGCUUUGCCUGAGACAGAAGAGAGCGAGAGUGCUUCAAAUGGCACUUCACCUAUCCUCCGGACGACAUCGAACAUCUCUAACCCCACUUCCAUCAGCUCUCCGUUCUCCAUCGAGACGCCGGCGACACUUCAGCCAUAUUUAGAGGAAUCCAAAGAAGAAUCAGUACUCACUAUGGACGCAUCCAGACAAGUUGCUAAAGGUACAGAAUGGAUUGGCCCACGUCCAGACGGGCAGCACCAGAGUGAAGUCGCAGACUCUAUGACACCUAAACCAAGGGCAGGCACCGACCCUUUUGCUUCCUACUCCGAAAACACUAUGAAAGAAGGUCUCGGGAGCCGUAUUGACACGAACAAGAUUUCCGAGGGCCAUCACGUUCUCGACAAGCCAAGAAAGUCUUCUCCUGAUGAGACUGAUAAAAUAUACUCCUGGGCUAAAGGGAGCGACGGCGCCAGACAGUAUUUCCACAUCUCACAAAUGGGUAACCCUUUUCUUCCUCCAGGAAGUAGUCUCGAUAGCGCCCUGAUGCUUCAACCGACCAGCGACUCGUAUUCUCACCAAACACCGAGCUCUACACUUUCACCUCCUUCACCUCCGCCACGAAACAACCCAGAGCUGCAAACACAUUCAACGACCAAUAUUCAACCGCCGGCCGCAAAGGUGCACCGACACUUGGCAAGGCUUGAGGAUCCUCCACAAAGACUUCCAAGUCCUGUGAUAUCUGAUGUGAGCCGGACAUUUACAUUUCCAUCACCAAUGGCGUCGGUGCAACCACCUGCGCCUCAACAGCAACACCCUUAUUCAAAUACUAUGUCACAUCUGGUGUAUCCACCAGGGCUAGAUCAUCCUGCGAAUUUGCUUCACCGCAUCGAGAAUGCCUUGCCUGAUAUCAGUGCUUUGAUCGGCCUAUAUCAGAAUACUUGCAGCCAUCUGGCCGCUAGAGACCAACAUAUCAGUGAUUUGGCAGCUCAGAAGGCCGCACAAGCAGAGCGCUUGAAUGACAGGAUAGGCAGAUUGUCAGACCGCAUUGAGUCGAUGUUGAAGGAUCAAGCGGCCCAAGUCAACAAGCUCAAGAGCGAGAUAGCUCACGGAGAAGACAAGUACAGGAAAAUGCAAAGCAGCUGUGUCAAGGAGCGACAGCUCAAAGAGGAAGCAAGAACGACAAAUGCAAAUCUGAAAAAGCGCUAUGAAGAGAUGCAACAGAAGCAUCGUGAAGCGCUAGAGAGUUUGCAACAUAAAUUUGCCGAGGAGAAAGCCUUGCUGGUCAAAGACCAUACCUUCCACAAAGAGCAAUUGAUGGAGGAAGUUCGAAGCACAGCUCGGUUAGCGGAUGAGACAUUAGUGGCCAAAGUCACUGGUCUGGAACGUAUGCAUGAUCUCGAGAGAAAGUCCCAAGAGGAUCGAUGGUCACGUCGCAUGCACGACCUUGAAUGCGAUCGAUCGAAUUCGGAAGCCGCCGUCGCCUUGAAGAGGAAAGAGGUUGAAGAAAUACGCCAAGAAUCUCACAAGUCAACAGAGGCCUGGAUCACAGAGCGCGAAGCCAUAAAGAAGGCAGAAGCGGACCAGAGACGGAUCACAGCCGCCCAAUAUCAGAAGGAGAAGGAUAACAUGCGAACCUCGAUAGAAACUGUCGUUGCGCAACAAAGAGCAGAGAUACAAGAAUUGAACGCCAAAUAUCGCGAUGAAAUAGAUGAACUGCGUCAAGUACUAGCUGGCACCCAUGAACAUUACAAGUCUGAGAUUCAAGCCGCCACAGACGCUUUUCGCAAUGAGAAAGAGGUUUACCGGAAAGCAACCGAAGACGCCUCCUCGCGCCAGAUUUUGGACAUGCAGGAUAAGGCCCGGGAUCUACAAAAGGAGAAGGAUAGUCUACAGAGGUUGCAACGGAGCCCACAGUCACAACGAUCUGACGAAUUGCAAGAGUCAAUCCCUAAACUGCAGAAGGAGAAGGAUCCUGUACCUCAGCCUCGAGGGCCCUCGCAAAGCCGACGCUCUUCUGAAAUAGAUAGACAUCGCGAGAACCUAGAGCAGCCACAGAGGGAGACUCUAGCCAAAAUGCCUUCCCGAGGUCAUUCGCGCACAAGACAGCAGGAAGACUGUCACGAUAAGAGCGGCAGAACACUCAAUGACGGUGAUGUUUCUUCAAGUAAAUGUUUCAACGACAAAGCUCGAGUAACGAAGGCUAGGGGUGAAGAAUGCGUGCAGUCACGGUCUUCGACCCCAGCGCCCAAAGAAGACCGAGCGAAAGCGAACAGGGCCAGCGUGAUGUAUGGGAGCAGUACAAAUGCUAAGGCCAAAAGCUCGUCUGCUGAAGCGCAUUCUAAGGGUGGCCAGUACAAAGCCGAGAAUGGCCAACGCGGCCAGGGCGAAAGGCGGACAUCUUAA